CCCACCCACCCAUUGGCGAGCGCCGUCUCUCAUCGUUGCUUAUUCUUCAGCAGACUCCUUCUUCUUCCUCUUCCAUUUUUCUUUGUUCGAUGUCGCCUCUCUCUCUCUCUCUCUCUCUCUUUUGCUUAUUCUUCAUCGCACACCUUCUUCUUCCUCUUUGAUUUUUCUUUGUUCAAUGUCGCCUCUCUCUCUGUAAUUUCCUGCCCCCGUGCUUCCCCCUUACAACUUUCUUCUUCUUCUUCUUCCACUUUUCUCUGUUUCUCUUUGUAAUGUCCUUCACGCCUGCUUGCCCUUAACACCUUUUCUUCACCCAAAUGCGCGUCUCUGUUAUGUUUAUAUUCCUGCGCCAUCCCUUUUUUCUAAAUCCGUCUCCUUCUCCCAACUAUUUAAACUGAACCAGGACCCCCUCUUUCUCUCUUCACCCUUCAUUUCCACUGCUUCUCAAUAGGCAGAGUUCAAUUGCAUCCACAGAUAAAUCAUAAUCACUACCCUUCUCUUGCCAAGGCCGACCGCAUCCACUACGUUUUUUUUCUUUUUUUUGCUUUGGAUGCCCUUUUUCUCCCUCUACAUCCAUUGCAAUAAUCGCAUCCUGAAAUUGUUUUCUUGACAUACUUCUGCCGUUGAGGGCGCUCUUAGUGAAAAAACAGUUUGGAGAAGCACCUCAAGCAGGGGUCAAUAUGAAGUUUGGUAAAGAAUUCAAGGCACAGAUGGUCCCAGAAUGGCAGGAAGCGUAUAUGGACUAUGAUUAUUUGAAGACGGUUUUGAAGGACAUCACUCAUUUCAAAGAGAGGAGGAAGAAUCCAGCACCAUCUUCAGGUGGAGCUGUGAAUAGGAGGAUGACAAUGUAUAGAGCCUUCAGUGGACUCACCAGACGCUACAGCAACCGCCACCACCAAAACAAAGAAGAGCAGGUUAUACUGGUCAACAGUCAACGGCAGGAUGGGGUGGAAGGACAUGAAACAAUGUUCCUCAGGUCAUUUGAUGAAGGUGGUGAAUAUGAAAUGGUUUUCUUUAGAAGGUUGGAUGAGGAAUUCAACAAGGUCAAUCAUUUCUACAAGCCCAAGGUCGAAGAGAUGGUCAAUGAAGCGCACUCCCUAGAUAAACAGAUGGAAGCGCUGAUUGCUUUGAGGAUCAUCGUCGACAAGCCUGACUUUCUCAAUGGAUGGACGCCACCACCUCCUGCUGAUGCUGCAUCCAGACCACCACCACCUCCAGCUAGUGCUCCACUGGGAACUCCCACUCCAGCGAAUAUCAGAAAGUCAGGCCAACUUCAUUUGGAGGUAAUAAACGAAGUUGAAAUGAGUAGUGAUAUCAGCGACGACCCUAAUGCUAACUCAGCUGGACCUAAUGUUAGCAACAGAAAAGCUCCUCCAGAAAAGUUGAAUGGCUUGGCUUCAGGACCAGCUCCUCUGGAUUUGCUUAAGCAUGUGAAGAUCAAUAUCACCCCUGAAACUCCACGCUCUACUAUACAGAGCUUAUUGAUGGACCAUAACAUUAGAGAUUUGCAAUUAAAUAAGAAUGAGCUGAGGAAAACAGAAGAGCGAUUGAAAAAUGCUUUUAUUGAAUUCCAUAGGAAACUCCGAGUUCUAAAAAGUUACUGCUCUCUGAAUCUGCUUGCCUUCUCCAAGAUCAUGAAGAAAUAUGAUAAGCUAUCUGGAAGGCAUGCUUCCCGAUCUUACUUGGAUAUGGUGGAUAAGUCUUACCUUGGUAGCUCUGAGGAGGUAAAUAGACUUCUGGAGAGGGUAGAGGCGACCUUCAUCAAACACUUUGCUAAUUCAAAUCGUGUGAAAGGCAUGAAUGCUCUGCGACCAAAACCCAAAAGACAAAAGCAUAGAAUAACAUUUUUCGUGGGGCUCUUCGCUGGUUGCUCUGUGGCUCUCAUAUUAACGAUUGGUAUAUUGAUCCGAGUUAGGCAGCUUCCUAACGAAGUGGGCAGUACUCAGUACAUGGCUGUCAUCUUUCCCCUUUAUAGCUUAUUUCUGUACAUUGUUCUACACAUGUUGAUGUAUGCUGCAAAUAUCUACUUCUGGAAGCGUUAUCGUGUCAAUUAUCCUUUUAUAUUUGGAUUUAAGCAAGGAACAGAGUUGGGCUAUAUAGAAGUCCUGCUUCUUAGUUCUGGUCUUUCUGUACUUGCACUAGCAAGUGUCAUCUCCAACUUGGACAUGGAGAUGGACCCCAAGACAAAAAGCUUUGAAACAUUGACAGAACUGGUCCCUCUUGGUUUGACAACGCUGGUUCUCCUUAUAUUAUUAUGCCCUUUCAACAUUAUUUAUCGUUCAAGUCGCUUCUUCCUACUUCAAUGUGCAUUUCAUUGCAUUUGUGCUCCUUUCUAUAAGGUCAUACUUCCUGAUUUUUUCCUCGCAGAUCAGCUAACAAGCCAGGUACACGCCAUUAGGGGUUUAUUAGGAUAUGUUUGUUACUAUGGUUGGGGAGACUUCAAGCGUAGAGUAAAUGGUUGUAGCAGCAGUAGUGUAUAUACGAGCUUCUUUUUCAUUGUAGCAGUGAUUCCAUAUUGGAGCCGUUUUCUGCAGUGUCUCCGCCGUCUGUAUGAAGAAAAAGAUCCUAUGCAAGGAUAUAAUGCGAUCAAGUAUUUCUCAACAAUCGUUGCUCUUGUACUGAGGACUAGUUUAAGCGUUCAGAAACGUGAGCAUUGGAGGAUCCUGGCUGUAGUAUCAUCGGUUGUUGCCACUCUUCUUGGCACAUAUUGGGAUCUCGUCAUAGACUGGGGACUUUUGCAACCCAAUUCCGAGAACCCGUGGUUGCGAGACAAACUCCUAAUUCCUCAAAAAAAUGUGUACUUCAUAGCUAUGGUUCUAAAUGUCAUCCUGAGACUAGCUUGGUUACAGACAGUUUUGGGUUUCGAGAUACAGGGAAUCCAUUUCACGGCUUUGACGGCAAUUGUGGCAUGCCUGGAGAUCAUUCGACGUGGCAUAUGGAAUUUCUUCAGGUUAGAGAAUGAGCACUUGAACAAUGUCGGCAAGUACCGCGCAUUCAAGUCUGUGCCUCUCCCUUUUCAAUACGAAGAAGAUGACCAUGAGGACUAAAAGAUUUUCAGUUCAAGAGAAAAUGGUGCAGGCUGAAUAAACACUCUUUUCGCUGACCCCUCUUGGCAAGUACCGUGCAUGCAAGUCUGUGCCGGUCCGUUUCGAAUAUGAAGAAGAUGACCAUGAGACUAAGAGAUUUUCAGUUCAGGAGAAAAUGGUGCAAGCUGAAGACACUCUUUUUGCUGACCCCUCUUGUAGAUUGGAGUCAACGAACCCCCUGAUUAUGCAAUUUUCAGUGUAAUUUAUUGUCGGCUUUGUUCCGGUCUGUAAAUAGGAUAUUCUGUGCAGUUUUUCUUCAGAGUGUUGAUUCGUUUGUGUCUUCAUUCUGUUGUUUAUUUACUUUCUUUGUCAGUUCUUCCCCAUGAAGGGAUUUUCUGUAAUUUGAAGUAGUUUAUGCGAGUAUUUGUUUUAUUCCCUUGUUAAUUUGUUCA